UCGACGUGACACCGGCACAUUGACCGCUCCCACAUAGAGCUCUCUGCAAAAGCAAAGAAUCACUUUUUAAAGCAUGCAAAGAUGUUACAAGCUCUGAUAAGAGCUUCGCCAAACCAAUCCUCAACCUCCCAUGGUCACAACUUUGGACCUGGAAGAGAUACCGGUUCCCGAAUAUGACACAACAGAACCCCAGCAGGAGCCUGGGCCCGUCUGUGGGACGGAAUCUUGUGUUGAACUUUUUAACAGCAAAGAGCUGCGGGCCGUGAAAACAGAAAACAAGCGUCUGCUUGAGAGGAUCACCGACCUACAGCGGAGCUUAGGUGUGUGCAAGAGGGUGGCGGCGGGGCUGCACAAGGAACCCUCUGUGUUGGCUCAGCCAGUUCUUCAUCCGGUGCGAAGGCGGGUGGCGGAGGCUGACUCCAGAAAAACAACCACCCGCUACCUCUUGUAUGGGUACCUGGCCGCGUACUGGGCCUGUAUGAGCGGCCACAGGCCCAGCGUCUUCACUAAUAUGAAGGAGGACGAGGUUGUCGCCUCGGAGAAAAAACUGACAGACCAGGGAGUCCUCAUUAGGGUGGCUGACCACAAGACCACCGUCAGGUUCGGGGAGGCGAACCUGGCUGUGACUCGUGCUGAAUUUGACUGGAUCAGGCGUCUUCUGGCUAUAAAGCGUACCAUGAGGUCCAGAAAUCGCUCCGUCCUGUUCACUCUGGGCAAGCAUCCUUUCAAAAACGUGAACAGGUACCUCCAGAUGGCGUGGGACGAAAUGGGCCUAAAGGGGGAAAUUAACUUCACCCUCAUCAGGACGGCCCUGGCAGAUGGAGUUAACAUGCUGUACAGGGACCUGGAGGGAGAGUCAAUUUCCCAGUUUGGUCACUACCUCUCCAGACGCAGAAGCUUAACUGGUCGUUGUAGCCUAUUUGAUGAUGGGGCAGUAUGCCCAGCAUGUCCAAAGACUAAUGGCACAACGAUCGUGACCAUGGAUGCCAACUUUGGCCUGGUAAGAAAACAGAGUGCUGGAACGAGUGUGGCUGAACCCUUGCAUGGGAACAGCAUGUUUGUGAAUGACGCAGAUGUAGAGGAAUAUCAUCACAUCCUGAUAGCUCCAAACCAGCUGAGGCCAGCAUAUCCAAUGUAUAUCAUCAGUGAGCUGGUGAAAAGAUACCAGAGCAAGAACAUCCAUCUGCAUUUCAUAUACAACAUUGCAUGUGUGCUGUCCUCGCAUAUGCAUAAAAACGGAGAAGGAGUACCACAAGAUCAUGUACAGCACACGAAGGCUUCAUGGGUUCGGACUAACAGAUGGAGAAGGCACGGAGAGGUUACGGUCCUUUCUGAGAAGAUUUUCACGAGUCACAAAAGAGAUGACUCCAUCCCAUCGGCUUGACCUUCUGACUGAUGCACUGUUGCAUUAUGGGAGGAGAAAAUCAGCAGAUUUAGAAGUGCAGCUCCUUCAGAGAUGGGACAGAGCUGAGAAGGUCACCAGUCUUGCUGAGGAGGAGAUUUCUGCAGUCCUGAAAGAGGCAGCAGUCUGUAUUUCAGAACAAGACAUAGGACAGUGGAUGGACAGGGAGACAGAAGUUGCCAAACAUCCACUUUUGAAAACAAGACCAAAAGACACUGUUCCAAAAUGAAGAGGAAUUAUAUCAUGAAGCUGAUGGAAUUCAACCAGCGCAGAUCCCUGGCCCAGGAUUCACCCACUGCAGAUGAGACACAGUUGGGGAGCGCUCUUCAAAAUAUUGAAAAACAAUAUCAUAUUACAAGAAGAUGGAGUCAUUCAGAUUUGAUUUUCCACUCAACACUGAGAGAGCUUGACCAGGAAGUCAGAGGUCAGCUGAUACUGCGAGCACGAAAUGAAGCAAUGGAGAGGGUCACUCUGCUCAACCUCAAAAGAAAAUAUCCUGAUGGACAGGAAUUGCUAUAAGGCUGUGCCAGCAAAUAAACAGCUGCAACAGGAGACUGAAGAAGAUGGUAAUGGAGGACAACAGUCUGCAGUGGCCACCUCAGACCACCAUCUUCCCAUCACAAGUAGAGUUUCAAGAUGUCUGUGAUGUCUCUUUGCCCUUACAGAAGAAGGCAGUAUUCCAAGGGCCCUGAAAAGGCGAGCCAUUGAUGCGUUGCAUUUAAAGACCAGAGCAGCUGAGGAAAAGCUCCAGCUUCAGCGGGAGAUGGACAGUGUCAUUCAACACCUCCACCAGCAACAUGCUUACUUGCAUUCAUCGAUAAACAACACUAAGGAUCCCGGCUCCAAAGCUGCUCUUGUUCACAACAUUAUGCUGUUGGAAAGGAAACUGUAUAAUGCUAUGAUGAUGUUUCAGCAUCAUAUUCCAGCUGUUGCUCCUCCUUCACAUGCUUACGUGACACAGUCUAAUUCUCUGUCUCAGAAAGUCAUCUGAUCUGAAGGUUUUACUGUACUGUGAUCAUGACAAUGAUGAUGACAAUGAUGAUGAAGACUAUAUUGUCAAUGGUGGUGGUGAUGACAGUUAUGUUAAUUAAUAGUGAAUAUUGUCAUGAUAAUGACGAUCUUGUGCCUAAGUAAUGCCAUGUUCAGACAGCAGAAACUCCACUGAUGCAGGUCUACAGAACUUGCAUUUGGUCUAUUUUGUGUUAGCAGGGUGACAGCUGCUCAUGUCUAAAAGACAUCUGUUUGAUUUCA